AUGCCAGCUUUACGUGCUAAGAGUCAAAGUUAUUCCACUGGAGAAGAUACCUAUCUUUGCAAUUAUAGGGAAUGGCGUAGUGGUAGAGUGUCCGAAUCAUGGGCUCAAUUUAUCGCCAGAUACAAGAAGAAAUUCUGGAUAAAUCCCCACAGUUCGGCGUCCCUGUACCAGAGGGCUCAAAGACUUUCUGGCCACCGUCACCAGACUCUGGCCCGAGAUGAAGAAUUGAUGCGACACAUGCACAAGAUCCGCACAUCCAGCAUCUUGUGGACUUGGGGGAAAAUCGCUCAAGCAUUUGGUACGAACGCAAAGACAGUUUCAAGGGCAUACAAAAGCUUCCUGGAGAGACAUGGGAUCAAUGAAGUUGAAAAUGAAUCCGCCCGCAUAAGAUGGACGAAAUUUGAAGUGAGGAGACUCUAUAGGGCACGUCAUUUUGGUUAUUCAUGGGAGCGGAUCGCUAAGAAGUUCGGUUACGAGGAGUAUAUAUGCAUAUCAGCGCAUUACAUAUACUCAUACGGACAAUCAAGGUCAGGAAACUUCAAUCCUUCCUUUCAUCCAAAGUGUUUCUUGUUCCAGAAGGAUAAAACCAGCAUGUAUCAUAUACGGAAGUCGUCUAGUACUCAGGAGAUUAAGGAUGAGCAUGCAGAAGGCCAAUGUCAAUGGGAGGAUACUGCCGUGACACAAGAUCGAAAGGGACCUGUAUCUCACAAAUCAUACCACCAAAGAGCGAACUCAUCUGGAGGUAGUAGUUCACAGUCAGAUUUGAGCGCUGUGGAGUGUAUAAUGAGGAAAACAACAACGGGAUCGGUACAUAACCACGAGAGAAUGAACCAUGGUCCGACAGAAAACAAGCAGCCAUCUCGUGCUAGAAGUGGCGUCACAACGGCAGCAACGCCUCGGAAUGGGACUCGUGCAGAUAAAUCUGCAAUAAUAACAACGCCAAUGUUCAAGAGAAGGGUUGUCGGAAAGAGAAUCAAUGAAGCUCGGGCCAGCUCCAGAAGUUCACAAGCGUAUAAUACUCGACCAUCUGGAACAAGUCAUCGAAGUGAACUCAGUCCUAAAUAUAUUGUCAAUAGCGAUACAAGAUUGGACAGUCGCCUCCUUGCAACGGUUCUUGACGGUAGACAAAUCUCUAAAUAUUGCUUCAACACCAAUACGAAACCAAGUGUAGUGUGCUUCAGAGUGAAGUCAGAACCGGAGGAUGACAAGAAGAAGGAUAAGAGUACCAGAGGGCACAUGACCAGUAGAGAACGGCAGUCUUAG